GCUGGUAUUGGCUGCGACAAAAGUUACAGCGGUAUUCUCCUGCGCCGCCACCAGCGGCUUGCCGUUGGGUCGAACGGGCGAUUUCGCGUCGAACGCGCGAUUUCGCGUCGAACGCACGACGCUCUCUGUAGUCUUUUUUCCCUCGGCAACUCUCGUACGCGUCCACGCACUUACGCUUCUUUGUCAGCGUAAUCAGCAGUCACUACUCUCGUCGCGCACACCCUCAGCAGUCUUUUCCAAAAGAUCACUCUUGCAGCGCGGCACGAUGGAUCUGGAAGAGGGUUCCGCGGGAGGGUCCGCGGAGCCCAAGGCGGGUUCCGCGGGAGGGUCCGCGGAGCCCAAGGAGGGGUCCGCGGAAACGGCAGAGGGAUCCGCGAAACCCACGGAGGGGCUUGCGGGUCCGGCGGAAGGCGGAACUGCUGAGACCGGUUUAGCGGGAGCGGUCUCCGCUGGUGAGGUCGGAGCGGUGGAUACAGAGGCCGCGGAGUUGGCGGAAGGUUUGGCGGAAGGCGGAAACCAGGUGGCUAGAUUAGCGGCGGGGCUGGCGGAAAGCGGAACCGCGGAGUGUGGUUUGGCGGGAACGACUGCUGAAGUUGAGGGCGGAGGGAUGGAUGCGGAGGCCGCGGGGAAGGCGGAAUUGGCGGGUGAAGGGGGACACGCGGAAAUAGCGGGUGAAGCGGAAGGAGAUGAGGGGGAAGCCGCGGGAGUGAGCGGAUCUUCCCCAGAGCAGCGGGAGGGGGGAACGUCGGCUGGGGAAGCGGAAGGUGCAUCGGCGGAGGUGCAGGGGAAAGUCGCGGAACCGGUUCUAGGGGCGACUGGUGACGAUAUGAGAGGAAAGGUGACUGUAGUUGAAGGUGAUAAAAGCGAGGGAGAGCGAGAGGCUGUGACUGCAACAGGGGAUGGGGUAAGGCAGGGAGGGAAGGGGGAAGAGGGGGUUGAGGAGGCGAGGAGAGGAGGAGGGAAGGGAGGAGGGGAGGAGGAAGGAAGGGGGAAGGGGGUGAGAGAGGAGGAUAGUGCGUCUGGUGUCCGCUUGCUACAUCUUCAGGUGUCUGGUGCUGGGAUGGGGCUAGUUAAAGAGAGCGAGACACCUCAAGAUGUAACAAGCGGAGUUAAGAGGAGCGGGGAAGGGAAGUUUGAAGACGCAGGGGGAAGGGGAGUGCUUGGGGGCGGGGAGGAGGGCGGAGUGGAGGGGAGGAUGGAGGUGGAAGGGGGAAGCUUAGAAGUGGUUAAGGAAGAGGAGAGGAAGGAUGGGGGGCCAAAUGAGGGAGAGGAGGAGGAGGAGGUAGAGGAGGAAGAGGAGGGAGAGGGAGAGGGAGAGGAGGGAGAGGGAGAGGGAGAGGGAGAGGGAGAGGGAAGGCAAGAAGAAGUGUGUAAGGAAGAGGAGAACGUGCUUUCAGUAGAAGACGAGGCGAUGAUAGGCCAACGGAAGGGUGCAGGUGAAUGGCAGGGGAACGGCGAGACUGAGGGGAGGAUGGUAGGGGAUGGGGAUGAUCGGGAUGAGGAGAAGGGGGGGGGAGGAGAGAAGGCUGAGGGAGAGGAGGUGGUGGGGGGAAAGGUCGGGAAAGAGGUACAGGAGGAGGAUGAGACGGAGAAGGCACGGGAGGGAGAGAGAGAGGGGGGAAGACAGGAGGGGCACCAGGAGGUGGAGACGGAAGGGGAUGAAGGGGAGGGGGGGGAUGCAGGGGGGGGAGGGGAUGACACGGGUGGUGUGACGCAAGGGGGGCAGGAGGAAGUGGAGAAGGAGGCUUCUGAGUCGACUCAAAAGCAGAAGGCAGGGGAUGCAGGGGAGGGGGGGGAUGGCUCGGGUGGUGUGACGCAAGGGGGGCAGGAGUGGUACGAUGGGCUGGGCGGGGAGGGGAAGGAUGAGAAGGGGGAAGACGAGAUGGAGGGAGAGGGAAAGGGGAGUGAGACGAAGGGGGAAGUGGAGGAAGGAGAGAAGGGCGAAGACAGCAAGGGGGGCGAGGAGAAAGAGGGAGAGCAGGUGGGAUUAGAGCAGUUGGAAGUGGAGAAGCAUGAGGGUGGCAGCAAGCCGAGUGAGGGGAAGCCAAGUGAGGAGGAUAUAGAGAUGGGCGAGGGCUACUUAGCAACCUCCUCUGCUACUCCAUUCGUCGUUGCUGUUGCAGCGAGUGCACCAGCGGGCGGCGUGCUUAUAACGAGCGGUGCAGUGGCUGAUGGCCCGGUUGACUCUGCUCCUACCUCCACAGUUGCUGCUGCAGCUCCUGCCUCUACAACUGUUGCUGCUGCUCCUGCUGCUGCUCCUGCUGCUGCUCCUGCUGCUGCUGCACCUGUUGCUGCUGCGCCUGUUGCUGCUGCAGCCAAGGCUGGUGUAACAGAGAGCGUUACAGACUGUGCUGAGCCGCUUCAUGCUAAACCAGACGAUCAAGCGAAUGCCGAGCCAGAGGCCGAAGUGGGUCUGGAUUUGGACACUAGGAGUGCUGGUUGGGGUGCUGGAGUAUCCUCUUCUAUCUCACCAGCCCAUGCAGCCCAUGCAGCCCAUGCAGCCCAUGCAGCCCAUGCAGCCCAUGCAGCCCAUGCAGCCCAUGCAGCUUAUGCAGUCCCUAUCCCUGCAACCACCCCUCUCUCGCCUCCUUUUCCUCCCCCUCCUGCUGCUCUUCCUUUAUCCGCACACCUCCCUACUUCCCCCCCUCCUCCUCCUCAUCCUACUAGUACCACUGCUACUCCUACUGCUACUACUGCUGUGAUUGCGCCUUCCGCCUCCCCUCCUCUCUCUCUCACGCCAGCUCAGCUCGCCCUCCUCCAAUCGCAGCGCGACUGCUUCGCCAGGCUGGCGGCCGGCCAGCCACUCACCGACUGCCAGCUGGCGGGCCUUUUCCCGCCGCAGCUGGUGCGUCAGAAAGUCGAGGCGCUCAGGAGGAUAAAGCGGGCGGCGGAGGAGAGAGUGAGGGAGGGGAGGGAGAGGGUGAGAGAGGGGGAGUGGGAAAAACUGGUGGGGGAAGGGGAGAGGGAGGAGAGGGAGAGAGAGGAGGGGAGGAUUGCCAAGCUGGAAUCCUUGCUGGCAGUUGUGCAGGCGCCAGGUGUCAGGCGGUCAUUGGAGAUCCAGCUCAGGUGCCUGAAGCUUCGUGGGCUGCAGAGGAAGGUUCGUUUCGAGGUGCUUGCUGAGAAGAGGAUCGCUGACUGGGCGGCUGGCGGGGUGCGGAACGGUGGUUUGGUGAACGGGCACGCUGAGGUGGCGCGUGGUGACGUGGCAGAAGAGGAGGAUGACAAAGAAGGGACAGGAGAAGGAGGGGAGAGGGACGAAGGGGAGGAGAGAGAUAAGUUGAUGGAGGAACAGAGAGUGUUGAAGGCCAAUGAAGCCUACGGUUCCCACCAGCCCCUUCUAGAUUGGAGCCUCCUGCGCCUGACCCCUGCUGAUGUGGAGCGCGCGCAGCUGAGGUGGCAGCUGCCACCUGGCAUGAAGCCACUGGCUGCAGAGGAGGAGGCGGAGGCGGGGGAGGGGGAGGAUGCGUGGGAUGAGGAUUACUAUGAAGAGGGGCUAGGGUUUGAGAUUGAGUCCCGUAAGAAGGAUGCUGCUGCUGCUGCUGCUGCGGCCGCUGCUAAGGUUGGGGUGGCUGGCGGAUGGGAUCCGGAAGCUUCCGAGGCGAUUGAGGCGGCUCGAAAGGCUCGUCGGAAAGCAAACGCGGUCGAAUCCGCAGCCCGCUUCUUCGCCGACGUGGCGCAGGCGGGGCGCGACAUGUCAGCGGCCAGCCUGGCGGAGCAGCGGCGGCGGAAGCAGCGCAACGACGGCAUGCUGACGUGGCACGCGCGGCAGAAGCAGCGGGCGUCGCGGGCGGAGCGCAUGCGCGUGCAGGCCCUUAAGGCCGGGGACCAGGAGGCGUACUUUAAAUUGGUAGAGGAGAGUAAGAAUGAGCGGCUGCAUACGCUGCUGGGGAAGACGGAUGAGCUGCUUCAGAAGCUGGGCGCUAUGGUGCAGAAACAGAAGGAUGCUGGUGGUGGUGGUGGUGGUGGGGGGGCUGAUGCGGCUGCAGCAGCGGAACGAGCUUCGGAAGCAAGAGAGGCGGCAGCAGCAGCAGCAGAGGCUGCUGCUGCAGAUGCGGCAGCAGGAGGAGAGGGAGGAGGAGCGGCUGGGGAGGGACAGGAGGGGCAGGGGCAGUCGAAGCGUGACUUAAUGGAGGGGCAGAGGCGAUACGACCGAGCCGUGCACUCGAUAGAAGAAAAGGUCACGGAACAGCCCUCAUUAUUGUCACCUGGGCGGCAGCUGAGGCAGUACCAGAUGGAGGGGCUGCAAUGGAUGGUCUCGCUUUAUAAUAACAAUUUAAACGGGAUUUUAGCGGACGAAAUGGGGCUCGGAAAGACCAUACAAACGAUCGCUUUUAUCGCGUUCAUGGCGGAGAAGAAGGGGGAUUUCGGGCCGCAUCUGGUGCUGGCUCCGAAAGCCGUGCUGCCGAACUGGGGGGUGGAGUUUGCCGCAUGGUUCCCAACGUGCAGCGUUGUGAUGUACGAUGGAAGGCAGGAUGAAAGAAAGGUGCUGAGGGAAAGGUUUGGAGGGGCUCUUGCUGGGAGAAGAGGAGGAGGAGGAAGGAGGGGAGGGUGGAGAGGAGGAGGGAGAGGAGGGAGGGGAGGGAGAGGGAGUGUGGAUGAUGAUUGGGGGAGUGAGGAGUCGGGGGGAGGGGGAGGAGGAGGGGGGGGAGUGACGGGGGCGGAAGGGGAGGAGUAUAAGUUCAGCGUGCUUCUAACGCAUUACGACCUUAUUAUCAGGGAUAAGGCGUUCUUAAAGAAGAUCAGCUGGCAUUAUGUGAUUGUAGACGAGGGGCACCGGCUUAAGAACCACGAGUCAGUACUUAGUAAAACGCUGGUGGCGGGAUAUUCGAUCCGGAGAAGACUUUUGCUGACCGGAACGCCGAUCCAGAACAGCCUGGGGGAGCUGUGGGCGCUGCUGAAUUUUCUUCUGCCCGCGAUUUUCAACUCGAGCGACAACUUUGAGGACUGGUUCAAUGCGCCGUUUGCUGACAAGUGCGACGUGUCUUUGAACGAGGAGGAGCAGCUGCUGGUGAUCCGAAGGCUACACCAGGUCAUCCGUCCCUUCAUCCUCCGUCGAAAAAAGUCAGAGGUCGAGAAGUUCCUCCCUCAGAAGCGCCAGGUGAUCCUCAAGUGCGACAUGUCCGCCUGGCAGCGCGAGUACUACUCACAGAUCGUCUCGGCGGGCUGCGUAGGGCUUGACGACAGCGGAGGGAAGUCUCGUGCGCUGCAGAACACAGCAAUGCAGCUGCGCAAGUGCUGCAACCACCCUUACCUCUUCCUCCUUGACUCCCUCGACUACGUCUACCAGCCCCAAUCCCCCAACGAGCGUGUCCGGGCAAGCGGAAAAUUUGAGCUGCUGGACCGGAUUCUGCCCAAGCUGCAAGCCGGGGGGCACAGGAUCCUAAUGUUUUCGCAGAUGACCAAAGUUAUGGAUUUAUUAGAGGAUUAUCUCCGAUCGGUCGGCAUGCUUUAUCUUCGCCUGGAUGGCAUGACCAAAACAGACGAACGAGGCCGCCUGCUGCAGCUGUACAACGCGCCGGACUCGCCGUACUUUAUCUUCUUGCUCAGCACCCGGGCGGGCGGCUUGGGGCUGAAUCUCCAGACGGCCGACACGGUGAUUUUAUUUGAUUCGGAUUGGAACCCCCAGAUGGACCAGCAGGCGGAGGAUCGGGCGCACAGGAUCGGGCAAAAGCGGGAGGUUCGGGUGUUUGUGCUUGUAAGCGUGGGGUCUAUAGAGGAGGAGAUUCUAGAGCGGGCGAAGAGCAAGAUGGGGAUAGAUGCGAAGGUGAUCCAAGCGGGUAUGUUCAAUACGACAUCGACGGCCCAGGAGAGACGGGAGCUGCUAGAGCAGAUUAUGAAGCGGGGUAAGAUUCCGGAUCUGGCACCGGAUUUGCCGGGGGAGCGGGAUACCAAUAGGCUUAUAGCGAGGUCAGAGGAGGAGUUCGAGAUGUUUGAGAGGAUGGACGAGGAGAGGAGGCGGCAGUUUGGGGCGGCGCGGCUUGGGCUGAUGGAAAAGGACGACGUGCCCGAGUGGGUGUUUUUUAAGGGCGGGGAGGGAGGGGAGGGGGAGGCGGGAGGGGGGGAGGGGGAAGGGGUGGAGAUGGGGAGGAGGAAGCGGAAGCAGGUGGUUUAUACGGACGCCUUGAGCGAGUCGCAGUGGCUUCAGGUGAUUGAGCAGGGGAGGGACGCCCAGGAGAUUUUAACAGAGAAGGCUGAGAGGCUGAGUCAGAGGAGGGAGCGGAAGAGGUUGAAAGUGGAAAGUGCAGAUGAUGUUGCUGGUGAUGCUGCUGGUGAUGCUGCUGGUGACUACAGUGAUCGUGAUAAUGGCGGUGCCAGUGACGACCGUUUCGCGCACAGCAGACAGGGAUUUGCGGCAGCAGCAGGAGCGGCAGGGGGGGGUGGAAGAGGGGGGGGCUAUAACGAGGGGGGGGAGGGGUUGGGCAGGGACAGGAUGGUCAGGAAGGGGAUGAGGAGAGCGAUGAGACGGAGGGGCUCUGGGAGGAAGAGUAGCGAACGGCGCACAGACCACCGUGCCGGUAGGGGAAGAGGGGAAGGGGGGAAGGGGGAAGAGGGGGAGAGGGGGAGAGGGGGAGAGGGGGAGAGGGGAAGAGGGGAAGACGAGAUGGAGGGCCUCUGGGAGGAAGAGUGAGUAGCGAAUGGAACGACGAGGGCCACACCAAUUUGGGAGGACGAAUGGCUUGAGUUGGACUGUGCACUUAGCUAAGUGGCAAGAAGGGGAUGAGGGGAGUGACGAAAUGGAGGGGCUCUGGGAGGAAGGGUAGCGAACAGCACAGACCACCGUUCCAGAACGGGACAUCUAGUUUGAGUCGAGUCGAGACUCUCUCUGUGGCUCGAUUAGCGUAACCAAGGGUGCAAGAUGGUGUCAAGAGUGGGGCGCUUGUAAGUUGACUCAACAGCGGAGGGUGUGAGGGGAUGGAGGGACCGUGAGAGAAAGACUAGGAUUCCGAGGAAGGGUUGACCAUGUGUGUGGAAGGGUCGACCAUGUGCGAGGAAGGGUUGACCUUGACGAAUCCUGGCUACCACACACGAAGGAAGCGAAAAAAAAAAAGGCUCUGGAGAGAUCAGUGGAUACUGCCGCAUGGUGUAUGGGUGCUGAUCUCAUGUGGUUUCUUGAGAUACCCAUAUGUUAGAUUCCUGCAUUUUUGCCUUAUCGUGGUGAAAAGUUUCGGGCAGUUUCAUCGGGAGUGACUUGGAUCCAACCAUGUUGAAUCCUAUGGUAAAACCUCUGCUAUGC